CGAGAGUCAGGCAGUGAGGCGCCAGACAGCGAGGGAGCCCGACGACCGCUCACACGUCUCCGGCUCGGUUCCAUCCAUCCUCUGUGCACGGGAAUUAAAAAAGAAAAAAGACGACGACGAUGGCCCUGUUCAGGAAUGCCGCCGCGAGGCUCUUAGGACACCAACAGAAGGCGUCCCCUCUGGCAGCCCUAGCUUCCCGCGCACAGUACUCGACCGAGUCCACCGACCUCAGGGAAGUGAUGGCCCAGAAGAUCCCGGCCAUGCAGGAAGAGGUAAAGGCUUUUCGUAAAGAAUACGGAAACACCAAGGUUGGAGAGAUCACCGUCGACAUGAUGUAUGGUGGCAUGAGGGGCAUGAAGGGCUUGGUGACGGAGACUUCUGUGUUGGAUCCUGAAGAGGGCAUCAGGUUCCGAGGCUACUCCAUUCCAGAGUGCCAGGAGCUCCUUCCUGCUGCUGAAGGUGGUGCAGAGCCUUUGCCCGAAGGCCUCUUCUGGCUCCUUUGCACUGGAGACAUCCCCACCAAGGCUCAGGUUGAUGCACUGUCAAAGGAGUGGGCCAACCGUGCUGACUUGCCCCCCCACAUCGUCAACAUGCUCAACAAUUUCCCCUCCAACCUUCACCCCAUGGCUCAGUUCUCUGCUGCCAUCACUGCCUUGAACUCAGAGAGCAAAUUUGCUAAGGGCUACAGUGAGGGUGUGCACAAGGGGAAGUACUGGGAGUUGUGCUACGAGGACUCCCUCAACUUGAUUGCCAAGCUUCCCACUGUAGCAGCCACAAUCUACCGCAAUCUAUACCGUGAUGGAACCAGCAUUGGAGCUAUCGACACCUCAAAAGAUUGGUCAGCAAAUUUUACUGCCAUGCUUGGCUACGACGACCCUCAGUUUGUGGAACUCAUGCGUCUCUAUCUCACUAUUCAUAGUGACCAUGAAGGAGGCAAUGUGUCUGCCCACACCACCCAUCUGGUAGCUUCUGCCCUCUCUGACCCCUACCUCUCCUUCGCGGCUGGCAUGAAUGGAUUGGCAGGACCUCUUCAUGGCCUUGCUAACCAGGAGGUGCUGCUGUGGGUCACAAAGCUGCGAUCGGAAAUUGGUGAUGAUGUGACUGAGGACCAGUUGAAGGAAUUCAUCUGGAAGACCCUCAAGUCGGGCCAGGUUGUCCCAGGUUAUGGCCAUGCUGUCCUGCGCAAGACAGAUCCACGCUACACCUGCCAGCGAGAAUUUGCCCUUAAGCAUUUGCCAGAUGACAAACUCUUCAAGUUGGUUGCAAAGCUGUACAACGUCGUUCCUCCAAUCCUGACUGAGCUUGGCAAGGUGAAGAACCCAUGGCCCAAUGUUGAUGCACACUCGGGUGUCCUCCUCCAGUACUAUGGCAUGACUGAGAUGAACUUCUACACGGUGCUCUUCGGCGUUUCCCGUGCCCUCGGAGUCCUUUCAUCCCUUGUGUGGGACAGGGCUCUUGGCCUCCCCAUCGAGAGACCGAAGUCCAUGAGCACAGAAGGCCUCAAGAAGCUGGUCGGCUCCACUGCUGCUCGAGGAGCGUAGGCAUGUUGGAGAUUUUGUGCUUGCCUUCAAGUCAGCUCUGCGGUGGAACAAAGAAUCGGGUUCACAAAAGUACCUCACCCUGUGAUCAAUUUAUUGUUCAUGUAUUAGACACCCUUGACUGUUGUGGAUCCAAGUUGUGGAUGCAAGGUGCUAGUGUGCGCUCAUACUCGGAAACAUCUGUCAGCUGUUUGAAAGUAGGCCACCUUGCAUUUUGAUCCUAGACCUGAUGUACCAAUUAGAUCUAAUAUGCAUCAUGAAUAGACUUUGUAAACAAAAUUGAUAUCUUGAUCAAUCUUCCAGCAUUUUGUGACGACAAGAUAUUUUCGGUACAGGUGUUUUUUGUAGUAAAUUUUUAAACUAUGGGAGAUAAAGAACGGAGGGAAAUGAUUUUAUGCUUGGAUGUUGGAAGUACUAGGCUAAGAGUAUUUUUAGUCUUUAUUUAUUUUUUUUCUUCCACAUGCAUUUCACUUACACAACACAUGGAGACAGCUAACAUUUUCAAAGCAGAUGAUUAUUUAAGAAUUUAUACAUGAUUUAUUUAUUUAUAUCCUUGUACAAAGAAAGGCAACCUAGAUUGAGAACUCUAAGCGCAGUGUUAUAUCUUAAUUUUUUAUUUUGGUUGUCAUGUCAAGGGUUAAAUCGUGUUGCAUUGGCCUUGUUUGAAGUUGGUCACGUUAAAAACUUGGCUUUGGCCUAUUCACGUGGGAACUUUGAGCAAGGUUAAUGUAGUAAAUUAAACUAUUUAUAUAGCUCAGAGUGGGUGGUCGUCUCCCACAAAGGGCAGGAUGCGAGUUGUAUUGUAAAUAAACUGUAUAAAUAAUUUUUGGUAGGUGUCCCGCGACUGCCAAUUAUUGUAAGGAGUACAAAAUUAUAAAGGAUGUUUUAGUAAAUCGAAGUGUAUUGUUUUAUAACCCCAAGACUUGGAUCAACUUCACUACCCCCUCUCUCCCUUGCUCCUUUACCUUCGCCAGUAGCAGUGUGGGCAAUACACCACCUUGACACACUAGUCUUGUUGAAGACCUUUUAAAAGACUAAGGAGGCAGAAGAACGUUGAUUGGAUUCCAUUCCCUCCCUCCCUAUCCCUUUCGUGCCGUUUCACGUCUAGAAAAAUUGGUCCAAGAAUGCAAUAGGAAACACGAGAGAAAAGUCGAAACCACCGUAUGCAGCUGGUCUUGAGAUAAUACCACUAGUAGAAAUCCCUUUUAACUAUAUUGAAAGUGCUAUGGACCUUUGAGGUGGUCAACAGUGUAAUUGAGCGUGAAUUCAUUUUGUCCCCCAACGUGAAAUACAUUCGUUACCUAUGUAUUAGAGGUGUGUAGAUUUUUUUUUUUUUUUCUUCCAACACAAUACGGGAUGUUCUUGUACUUAACUACAAUGUUGCAGUCGCAUGUAAUGAAAAACGGCAUCUAGAUCGAUAGCGGAUCCAAGGUUAAACUUUGGAGACAGGACCAAAGGAACGCUGAAGACCGAAUGUUGGCAUAGACCAGUAGUUCCUCCAUGCUAAAAAAUCUUGUACAGUAAUAAGUAACAGCAGUUACAGAAGACUUGUUAUUUUGAUAAAUUUUGUUGAUUGUAUAACAGAACUUUAUGAUGUACUGUACAGAUUAUUCAAUAAAUUCAUGUAUCUAG